AUGAAGUUCUCUCUCUUCCUCGCCGCCGCCACCGCCGGCCUUGUCUCCGCCGCCCCGGGCACCAAGCUCGUCCAGCGCAACUACUCCCCGCUCGUCCCCCGCUCCGACCGCCGGUCCAGGUUCAGCUCCAAGCCCAACCAGCGCCUUGAGUCCGAUGUCUUCUCCCUUGACUCCACCUCCACCGCAUCCACCGACAAGAACGUCGAGUACUCGUCCAACUGGGCCGGCGCCGUCAAGAUUGGCACCGGCUACAACCACGUCACCGGCACCAUCGUCGUCCCCGACGUCAGCGGUUCCAGCGGCUCCGCCGCCUCCGCUUGGGUCGGUAUUGACGGCGACACCUGCCAGACCGCCAUCCUCCAGACCGGUAUCUCCUUCUACGCCGACGGCACCUUUGACGCCUGGUACGAGUGGAUCCCCGACUACGCUUACAACUUCAACAACUUCGGCGUCAGCGUCGGCGACUCCAUCCGCAUGACCGUCGAUGCCUCCUCAAAGACCAAGGGUGUUGCUACCCUGGAGAACCUGACCACCGGCAAGAAGGUCACCCACUCCUUCACCAGCACCCCCUCUUCUCUCUGCGAGACCAACGCCGAGUGGAUCGUUGAGGCUUUCCAGGAGAACGGCAGCCAGGUCACUCUUGCUGACUUCGGCACCGUCACCUUCACUGGUGCUUCCGCUUCUGGAUCUUCCGGCUCUACUACUCCCGCCGGUGCCGAUAUCAUUGAUAUCUCCCCCAACCGCGGCUCUACCAUCCUUGCUUCGGCCUCCGUCAGCGGCAGCUCCGUCACUGUCAAGUACGUUGGUUAA